CGGUCUCGAUCGAUUAACGAGGCGGGGCUAGACGAAGUAAGUGGGGAAAGCAUGAACCAGCUCCAGACAGCGUUCUUCUUCUAGCUGAAUCUCCGAUACUUUGUAUGGCGGCUACUCUUCUAGGCUGGGGCGUAUGCCUUUCGCCGAGAUAACAUGACCCAGACACUCACGUCCUUGCAGCAAAGGUGGCAUUCGGUUCGAUUGGCACGAAGUCCCAGUUCCUGGAGAGUCUUGAGGACGGUCUUUACGGCCCUGAUGUGUUCUUCAAACGUUGACGACAGCAGGAUUAGAUCGCCCAAAUAAGCAAACUAUUAUGCAAUGGAAUACAUUUCGAGGAUGAUGAACAGCAUCGCCAUACCAUUUUUGGCACUAAUUACCUGCGCGAGCACAGGCAGUUAUGAUUUUAAUGGAAAGAUUGCUUUGGUCACCGGCGGAAACCGAGGGAUCGGUUUGGGCAUCACCACCCAGCUUUUACGCAACGGAGUGAAGGGAGUUACCAUGGUCAGUGUUAACGAAACGCGUGGAAGUAAGGCCGUUCGGUUACUAACUGAGAAGUUUGGGAGUGGAAAAGUGAUCUGGCUCCGAGCUGAUGUUAGCGACGAAAGAGAACUUGAGGAAGCGUUUAAUGCAUCAAUUGCCCACUGGGGGGCUUUGGAUAUUGUUGUCAAUAACGCCGGAGUGUCUGACGAACCACACCCGGUUAGAUUAAUUAAUGUUAACUCAGUGGGAGUAGUGCAAGGCACCAUAUUAGGGUUCAGGUACAUGAGUGUAGCUAAAGGUGGACGUGGUGGGGUUGUAGUUAACGUGGCUUCAAUUUAUGGAAUAGACCCUAGCUUAAUAAUACCAGUUUAUAGCGGUACGAAAGCCUUCGUUAUCGGACUGGGACGCUCAUUUGGAAGUCAGCUUUAUUACAACCACAACAAGGUCCGCGUAAUGACAGUCUGUCCAGGGGUCACCAACACCGAUCUUAUAAGUGACGAGUCAAUUAUGACGUCCACAACCAAUGAAUUUCUACCAGGACUCACGGAGAUUGGCUAUGUAGGGUCCAAGUUUUUAUAUAAACAAACACCUGAUAAUGUGGGUAAGGCCGUAGUGGUAAUGCUAAAUAAUGGUGAUAGUGGAAGCGUUUGGGUAUCAGAAUACGAUCAGCCACCUUAUGAAGUUGAAUUUCCGGAUAGGAAAUCAAUGAAGAAGAGCAGUUUCAUCGAUCAACUAUUCGACUAGCAGAUCGAGGAGUCACCAAAUAUUACUCAAAAAUUAAUUAAAAAUUUCUUCCAUCGAAAUACAUGUUAAUAAAAGUUUGUAUCACUAUC